AUGGAGGCUAGCAACUCAGGUGCUCCGUCUUGGACAUGGCAGAACGUCACAGUCGCACUUGUAUCUGUCUCCAGUAUAGCUCUCAUCCUCUCGAUCGUCACCACAAACUCGUAUGCAAACAACCAAAUCCAGCUACUCCCUAUACAGCCUUCUCCAAAGAUUAAACGAAAGAAGCCCCGCCAGUCAAGAGUCUCCCAAUCUCCUCCCGACCACGACCAUAUCGACACGUCAUCGUCAUCAUCACCUCCUCAACAUUUAUUCGCUGAUGCCGCCACGGGUGACUCUAUAGACAAUGACACUCAGUCCGACGAGAGCAGAAAUUUACUCAAUUUGCUAUAUUCUAUCGCUGAAGAUCAGGCUCGUAAAGAUGGUUUUGUACACCGAUCUAUUACAUGCAAUCACUGUGGAACUAGUCCCAUCCGUGGCUUUCGAUACAAGUGUGCUAAUUGCUUGGAUUAUGAUUUAUGCGAAUCUUGCGAGGCGCAGGAAGUCCAUCCCAAAACACACGUCUUUUUGAAAAUUCGAAUACCAAUACCCCCAUUAGCAAAUCCAAGAACAGCUCUCUUGACUGCCUUCUACCCUGGAAAAGAAGGGGCACCGCAGAAUCUAAGCUGGGAUGAUUUGCGAGUAUUACAGAAAAAGACUCACUUUGAUCAGGUGGAAUUGGAGGCCUUUUACGAGCAAUUCAAGUCUCUCUCAACUGCUCCGGAGGGCGGAAUUACAAAGGAAAUAUUCGAAGCUUGCUUAGGUCCCUUGGGUGUCGAGAAAAAUCUCGUUACCGACAGGAUAUUUAGCUUCUUUGACCAAAAUAGUGACGAUAUAAUAUCCUUCUCAGAGCUAGUAUGUGGACUCUCCAUCUUAUGUAAAGGAAGUCUGGACGAGCGUAUCAAGCAUGCCUUCCAUGGUUAUGACUUGGAUGGCGAUGGCUUUAUAUCACGAUCAGAGCUGCACAGAAUGUUUAAGGCCUACUUCCAUCUCUCCAUGGAACUCGUACGAGAUGUAGUCAAGACUAUGGAGGAGGGCAUGAUGGAGUCGUUUGACGACGAAGCCGCAAAACCCGUAUCAGCGGCCUUCGCUGCUCCCAUACCGUCAUCAAACCACAAUAAUGACGAGGAGCCAGCUCCCAGCAGUAAAUCAGAGUAUGAUCAUUCAAAUCAUGGUGAAGCUGGAAGUAGUAACCAUCAAAACACAAACACAGAGUCUAGACUGAAUAAUAACGAGGGCAGUCUAUCUACUAGUAUCCAAGUACACCGGAGUACUAGCCGUAAUAGAGUCUCUUAUACUAGCAAUGUUAGGUCUGGUGGACCUAGCUCGACGGCAAGGUCGAGAGUGUCUCCGUCGACAUCAGCCUACCAGUCAUCUAUAAUACAGCCAUCAUCAGCAGAUAGCCCCAUAAUAGCAGGAGAUACAGAACGCAUUCACGAACCUAGUAGACGGCCAUUAUCGGCAUCUCCAGUCCCUGAACAAUAUGCGACAACAGCAAGACGAAGAAACGUAUUGGUCUCGGGUCUAGUAACAGAACAUCUGCCGCCUCCUCUAGAUCCGUCGUUAUUCACUUCAUCCGCCACUUCUCCAUUUGUCACUACGCCCUUGUAUACACCCCAUAGUGCCUUGAAUACAAUGGUCCCUCGAGUCGACUCGUAUCGCUCACCUGAGCCAGAUCGUAUAGCUCAUUUCAACAACCAGAAUGGGUCUACGUCGGAACACUGGCCUGUCAUGGAGGCCAUGUCGCAAGAUGCAAUCGAAGAAAUGGUCGAAAGGACAUUUGGUGCUGCUGGUCUCGCUACGGAAGACAAGAUGGACUUUGAACAAUUCCAGAAGGUUGUAGAGGCUGACCCAAACCUUUUAUCCUGGUUUGAGGCGUUAGGUAGUGUAUUUUAG